AUGAAUCGCCGACCCCCAGAACGACCCCGCAUGAACCCCCCGCGCCACACGAGCCGUCAAAACCGCCCGACGCCAUCACGAGCCCGUCAUGAACCGUCGACUCCAUCCCGCCCCCGUCAGAACCCCGACCCCUCACGACCCCCGUCUGAACCCCCCGACGCCGAAAGGGCCCCCUCUAAAACGUCGACGCCAUCACGAGCCCCAACGAGCCCGUCAGAACCGCCGCGCCGCAACGAGCCCGUCAUGAAUCCCGACGCCAGUCACAAGCCCGUCAUGAACCGCCGACGCCAUCACGAGCCCGUCAUGAACCGCCGCGCCAGCAACGGACGUCAUAACCCCCCGGCCCUCACGGCCGUCAUGAACCCCCGGACGCCUCACGACCCCCCGUCAAAAACCCCCGACCCCAUCACGACCCCGUUUGAACCGUGA